AUUUAUUGACAUUCUAACUAGACAAAUGGAACCAGAAUAAGUCAAGUUACAGAUGUAAAAAAUAUACUGAGUCAACGACUUAACAGGCAGCUGACUCCCUGCUGAGAGACGAUGAACAGCUCCGCACAAACUGAUCUCGGCUUAAUUUUCUCCGGCGAACAAUCGGCAGAUUUCAGGAAGUCUCUCUAUCUUACUGAGGAGAGCAGCAGCUGAGAAUGGCCGCUGUUUGCUAACGAGUCACUGACCAUUAGCCAGCUAGCAGCUUUAGCUCCCAGCUAACAUCCACUUUCUGUAACCCGAUGUUUGGAGAAGUCAUGGAGGGCAUUUUAUACAAGUGGACUAAUUACAUGACAGGCUGGCAGCCGCGCUGGUUCGUCCUGGAAGAUGGCGUAAUCUCGUACUACGACAGCGAGGAUGACGUCGCGAAAGGCAGCAAGGGAUCCAUCAAGAUGUCCGUGUGUGACAUUAAAGUCCAUCCCACAGACUCGACUCGCCUGGAGCUGAUCAUUCCCGGUGAGCAGCAUUUCUACGUGCGAGCCGUUAACGCCGCAGAGAGGCAGAAGUGGCUGGUGGCGUUGGGAUCCUCCAAAGCUGGAACUCUGGAAAGCCACAAACACAGAGGUUCAGACUGUCUGAAAACCAAAAUGUCUGAACUUCGUCUGUACUGCGACCUCCUUGUCCAGCAAGUCCAGACGAUCCAAUCACAGCACAGUGCAGAUGCAGAAGCCCCGCCCACUUCAGAGGCCUCGUUGCUCAGUGCCACCUGUGAGACGUUCAUCAGGACUUUGGAGGAGUGUAUGAGCCUAGCCAACCAGAGUUUGACUCCUGACCUCCGACCUCCUGAAAGGAUGAAGCGCUCCAUCAGCCACCCUGGUACAUACAGCUUUGACAGGUCGGGUGUACUAAAGGAAUAUGUGAGUGGAGGUCAGAGGUCAGCUCCACGCAGACAUCGGACGUCCUCCGACAGCUCCGUCUACGAGGCUGAACGUUUGCUGCCGGCUCUGAACGGCGACUCAUCCUCCAUCCCGGAGGAGAGGGGAGGCAGCGUGAGCCCGAAGACCACGCCCACAGACACAGACACCGACCUGUCCAUAUGAACACCGGACGCCCGACUGGGUGGACAGGAAGGAAAGGUCAUCUUGGUCUAGGAUUUUUAGGAUUGUCCCUCCUGGGUUUUCUCCACAGAACCAGCUGAGCACUUCAGAGUCAUUCAGUUUCUUUCUAUCAGUGGUUCAUUCCCACUCUGGAGAGGUGUGGUGCUGCCGCUCCGUUCCAGAUGAAUGGUAGAAACCCGGCUCCGGUUUCAGUGCCACCCCAGCUGGUCGUAUCAGGCAGCUCUAUGUGAACAUGAUGAACUGUGAAUUGCUGGUUUUUGGACAUGCACUGCUUUAAAAAGACCCCAGAAUGUAAAUCUGUCUGUUGGGACGUUUUAGUGGCUCUGAUGGUGGCGUCUCUUUGGACGGUAGAACUCCAUCUCCAUCUGUGACGGCUCUGAUCUCAAGCUGUUCCUUAUAGAACAACCUCAUUGACUAAUUCAAACGGACGUUGCUCCACUGGCCUCUGCCACUUCUUCUGACUGCUUCAGCUCAUUGCUACAAUGAAGCGAAUCCUACAACUGAUGGAUGUUUCUUUAAACUGACCUCAGUUUACAAUUAUUCACCCAAAUUCCAUUGUGAAUGAGCAGCUCCAGUCCUGAGGAGUUGGAUGAAGGGAGCUGACUUGUUACUGACAGCUUCAAUGUGAACAUGUGGUAGAGUUUUUUUUGGUAGUAUUUGUAUUUUGCAUUCACUGUAUCUUAGUGGUGGAUUCCAGUCCAGUCUCACUCUGAGGCCAUGAUGAAUCUGAGAUUGUGUUUAUUUUUAUGAAUGGAACAGAUUUGUUGAAGAGGUGGUAGAACUGGUGGGUGCUGGUUUACUGUAAGUCUGUCUUUAACUGUUCUGAUGUUACAGAGUCUAGAUGUGAAACUUUAACUGGGAUGUUUUUACUGGAUUGCAAAAGCCGGAAGUCAUUUUGUUUGUAGGUUUGUUCCAAACGCGACUGUUUGUAUCCAGCAGUGCAGCUUUUUUGUGUACCUGAUUUAAACUGAUGAUUUCAAGUCAUUUUCUUCCAUCGACCUGCAGUCUGCUGUAAGGACAUGUAGGUUUGCAACUCCAAUAAACAACAUCUGCAGUUAUUCGGGUUUAA